GGUGUGCUCAAGAAGGACCUGAACUUUGACAUGCCCGAAAUGGCGUGCGAAACCACCGAAUCAACUGAUGUGCUGAUCCGCUCAGUGGACUUCUACACCACGGCCGACACUGAUCAGAGAGACGCAACCGCACCAUACAUUGUGGGCGAGUCUAUGAUUGUGCAUGUUCCAGUGGAAACACUCAGGUAG